AUGGCAACUUCCAUGGGUUCUCUCGUCUUGCUCUGCCUUGUUUCUCCUCUCCUCCUUCCCAGUGUCGUCCUUGGCCACCCAUGGGGUGGCUUGUUCCCACAGUUCUAUGACCAUUCGUGCCCCAAGGCGAAGGAGAUUGUGCAGUCCAUUGUGGCACAGGCUGUGGCCAAGGAGACCAGGAUGGCGGCAUCCUUGGUCAGAUUGCAUUUCCAUGACUGCUUUGUCAAGGUUGGUGGCCCAUACUGGGACGUGCCACUUGGCCGGAGGGACUCGCUCGGCGCAAGCAUCCAGGGCUCCAACAAUGACAUCCCAGCCCCCAACAACACACUCCCCACUAUCAUCACCAAGUUCAAGCGCCUGGGCCUCAAUGUUGUUGAUGUUGUUGCCCUCUCAGGUGGUCACACCAUAGGUAUGUCUCGGUGCACUAGUUUCCGGCAGAGGCUGUACAACCAGACAGGCAAUGGCAUGGCUGACAGCACGCUGGAUGUAUCCUACGCCGCGCAGCUGAGGCAGGGGUGUCCCCGCUCUGGUGGUGACAAUAACCUCUUCCCCUUGGACUUUGUCACCCCAGCCAAGUUUGACAAUUUUUACUACAAGAACCUCCUGGCCGGAAAGGGCCUUCUAAGCUCUGAUGAGGUUCUGUUAACUAAGAGGGCUGAGACAGCGGCCCUCGUGAAGGCAUAUGCUGCUGAUGUCAAUCUCUUCUUCCAGCACUUUGCACAGUCAAUGGUGAAUAUGGGCAACAUCUCACCACAGACAGGGUCACAAGGUGAGAUCAGGAAGAAUUGCAGGAAGCUCAACAACGGCCACUGA